GCUGCUGCUCUCCAGCUGGCCGGGACGAGCUUUCGAGGCAGGGCGCGCGUUGACUGCGGGAAUUGAUCAUGGUCGUCGGGAUCGUGGGACAGCCAGGACGAACAACCGGAAAUGAUCGAUGAAGCGGGCGAAAGUGGCGUCGGCGGCGGUGUCGACGGCGACGACGCGCGGGAGACAGAGUCCGUCCCCGCGGCAACGCACAGGCCAAACAUCGCGAUGAGCCCGCACGCGCUCGGUUAGCCCGCUCCACUCACCCACUGGCCGUAUUUGCCGAGGCAACAUCCGCUGGUGAGCAUGUGCGCCGUCCUACUCUGGCUCCUCGCGCUCGCUGCGGCAGGAGAAGGACCCGUCGAGGCCCAGCACAGCCGCGUCCCCAACAGGCCCGUCAACCUUUUCGUCAUCAACGACGCGGGCAAUGACGUGGCGAACAAGAGCGUGACCAAUUCGCUGCGAGCACUCAAAGACAAGAGUCCCGACAAACUCGGCCGAGUGUACAUAGCUCGGGUCAAUGUUACCGAUCCGAGGGAGACCCUCAACGCCAUUUGCGAGGUUUGGAAGGGCGCCAUAAGCGGGAACGAGGCUGACCUGCCCGACCUGGUGCUGGACACCACGACCUACGGUCUCGGCGCUGAGACCGUCAACAGAUUCACCGCUCUGCUCGGGAUACCAACUCUGUCGGCGCAGUUCGGCCAGGAAGGCGACUUGCUGGGAUGGAGAGACAUUUCCGAGGAUCAGAAACAGUACCUGGUGCAAGUGAUGAACCCGGCGGACCUGAUGCCGGAGGUGGUGCGCGAGCAGUGCUCGCACUUCAAUAUCAGCAACGCGGCGAUCUUGUUCGACGAGACGUUCGUGAUGGACCACAAGUACAAGAGCCUGCUGCUGAACGUGCCCACGCGCCACGUGAUCGUGCCCGCGAGGCCUGCGGGCGCGGCGCUGCGCGAGCAGAUCUCGCGCCUGCGCGACCUGGACAUCGUGAACUUCUUCGUGCUGGGUAGCGAGGCAACCAUCUCCGCGGCCCUGCAGGCGGCCAACAGCCUGGACUUCACCGACCACCGCUACGGCUGGUUCGGCGUCACCCUCAACGAGGACUCGAGCGUCCGGUGCGAGGACUGCCGACGCGCGCGCAUCCUCGUGUUCAAGCCCGAGGCGUCGGGCAACCAGCAGCAGCUGAGCGAGCUGACCAGCAAGGGCGCCCUGCCCAAGCCCUGGAUCCAGUCGGCCUUCUACUACGACCUGGCCAGAAUCGGCGUGCUGGCCAUGAAGGCGGCCGUGGACGCGGCCGAGUGGAAGCCGGGCCGGCGCACGUUCGUCAGCUGCGACGACUACGGCGACAACAGCACCACGCCGCCGCGGAAGCUGGACCUGCGCAAGCGGCUCGGCCAGCUGACCGACGGGGGCGGCGCCUUCGCGCCGACCUACGCGGGCUUCGGCUGGGGCGGCAAGAACGGCGAGCACCAGGCCAAGUUCGAGGUGAACGGCGUGGCCGUCCAGGUGAAGGAGGGCCGCGUCACCAGCGAGGAGCCAGUCGAGAGCUGGCAGGCCGGCGUCGACGCGUCCCUCAGCCUGACGAACCCGGGCCUGGCAGCCAACCAGACGGCGGUCACGAGCUACCGCGUGGUCACGGUGAUCAAGCCGCCGUUCGUCAUGCGCGACAACCGCACGGGCGAGUGGUCGGGCUACUGCAUCGACCUGCUCAACAAGAUCCGCGAGCACGUCAAGUUCGAGUACACGAUCGAGGAGGUGGCGGACGGCCAGUACGGCAACAUGGACGAGCAGGGCAACUGGAACGGCAUGGUGAAGGUGCUGAAGGACAAGAAGGCCGACAUCGCGCUGGGCGCCCUCGCGGUGAUGGCCGAGCGCGAGAACGUCAUCGACUACACGGUGCCCUACUACGACCUCGUGGGCAUCUCCAUCCUGCGCCGCAAGCCCAAGAUCCAGACCUCGCUCUUCAAGUUCCUCACCGUCCUCGAGACGGACGUCUGGCUGUGCAUCCUCGGCGCCUACUUCUUCACCAGCCUGCUCAUGUGGCUCUUCGACAAGUUCUCGCCCUACAGCUACCAGAACAAUCGCGAGAAGUACAAGGACGACGACGAGCGCCGAGAGUUCACGCUCAAGGAGUGCCUCUGGUUCUGCAUGACCUCGCUCACGCCGCAGGGCGGCGGCGAGGCGCCCAAGAACUUGUCCGGCAGGCUGGUCGCCGCCACCUGGUGGCUCUUCGGCUUCAUCAUCAUCGCCUCCUACACCGCCAAUCUGGCCGCCUUCCUCACCGUCUCGCGACUCGACGCUCCCAUCGAGUCGCUCGAGGACCUCAGCAAGCAGUACAAGAUCCAGUUCGCCCCCGUUCUCAACUCGUCCGAGUACCGCUACUUCGAGAGGAUGGCUGCCAUCGAGAAGCGAUUUUACGAGAUUUGGAAGGACAUGAGUUUGAACGACAGCCUGAGCGACGUCGAGCGUUCGAAGCUGGCGGUGUGGGACUAUCCGGUGAGCGACAAGUACACCAAGAUAUUCCAGACGAUGCACGACACCGGCUUCCCGAAAAGUCACGACGAAGCCCUGGAGAGAGUGAGGAAAGCCGAGCCCAGCGAGUUCGCGUACAUCGGCGACGCUACCGAUAUCAAGUACCUCGUCAUGACCGACUGCGAGUUCACUCAGAUCGGCGAUGAGUUUUCCAGAAAGCCCUACGCCAUUGCCGUGCAGCAAGGAUCGCCGCUCAAAGAUCAAUUCAACAACGCAAUCCUGCUGAUGCUGAAUCGUCGCGAAUUGGAGAAAUUGAAGGACACCUGGUGGAACAGGAAUCCGGCGCGCAAGACUUGCGGCCGCGACGACGACCAGAGCGACGGCAUCAGCAUCCAAAACAUCGGCGGCGUCUUCAUUGUGAUCUUCGUGGGUAUCGGCCUCGCCUGCGUCACUCUCAUCUUCGAGUACUACUACUACCGCUACAGACCGCAGGCACGCCAGAAGCGCCAGUCGCAGAGUCAGCACAAGAGCAAUUCCAAAAACCCGAUAUCGAGCCUCAAGUCGAUGAAAUUUAAUUUCAGGCCCGCGCCUGCCCAACAGCUAGAGCCGAAUAACCGUCGGUUCUGAA